UACUUACGAGAGCUUCUCAUUAAUCUUGAUGUUUGUUUCUUUAUUUCUGUGGCAGAGUAAAAAGAUGAAUAAGAUAGGGUGGAAGAGGCAACCACGUCUUGUUUUAUGGUUUUGUUCCAUUGUUUUCCAGAUUUUCAUGCUUGUUAGUGGUUCAAGGUCGACGACGGACCAAUUUAAGCAUACUCCACUAGACGAUAGUCAAAAGUUGAUAUCAACUACUCCUCCUGUCAAACUGCUUAUCUCACGUAAUUAUGUAUUGAUGGAUAAUGGCAUUGUCCAAAUUACCCUAACUAAUCCCACUGGAUCCAUUGCUGGAGUGCGUUACAAUGGUAUUGAUAAUGUACUAGAGACGGACUUCAAAGAUACAAAUAGAGGAUAUUGGGAUACCGUGUGGGAACGUCCUGGAGACAAGGAUUACACUUUUGAUAUGUUUUUAGCAACAAAAUUCAGAGUAAUUGCACAAGACAAAAACAAAGUCGAAGUUUCUUUUACAAGAACAUGGAAUCCUUCCAUUAAUGGUACUGCCAAUGAUCUUCCUCUAAACAUUGACAAAAGGUAUGUAAUGUUGCGUGGGAGUUCUGGAUUUUAUUCAUAUGGGGUAUUUGAACACUUGAAGGGCUGGCCCAGUCUAACUCUUGAAGAAGCUAGGAUUGCCAUCAAGCUAAGAAGGGCUCUGUUCCACUAUAUGGCCAUAUCAGAUGACAUGCAAACGAUGAUGCCAACAGAUGAAGAUCGAUCUGAUGGGCAGAUCCUUGACUACAAAGAAGCAGUUAGACUAACACAUCCAUCCAAUCCUAAACUUAAGGGCGAGGUGGAUGACAAGUACCAAUAUUCGUUCGAGAAUAAGGAUAUUAAAGUACAUGGAUGGAUUUGCAAUACUCCACACGUAGGUUUUUGGGUGAUUACACCUAGUUAUGAAGACCGUAAUGGUGGACCGAUGAAGCAAGAUCUAACUUCUCAUGCUGGUCCCACCUCCUUAGCAAUAUUUUUUAGUGGGCAUUACGCAGGGCCAGAGUUAGGAGUCACACUAAAAAAAGGAGAGCAAUGGAAGAAGGUUUUUGGGCCUGUCUUCUUUUACCUUAACUCUGAUUCUGGUGACAAUCACCAUACACUUUGGGAAGAUGCCAAAAAACAGAUGCAGGAAGAAACUGCAAAAUGGCCAUAUGAUUUCCCAGAAUCUGUUGAUUAUCCCCAUGCUAAUGAACGCGGUACAGUUGGAGGUCAAUUAUUCAUUCGAGACAGGUACAUAAACAAAGAUCCUGUAUAUGCAAAAUCUGCAUAUAUUGGAUUAGCUCUUCCUGGAGAUGUUGGAUCUUGGCAAUAUGAGACCAAGGGUUAUCAAUUUUGGACCCAAACAGAUGAGACUGGACAAUUCAAAAUCAGCGGCGUUAGACCUGGAACUUAUAGCUUGUAUUCUUGGGUCCCCGGAAUUAUUGGAGAUUACAAAUACAACUAUGACAUAAAUGUCAAACAAGGAAGUGAUAUUAGCUUAGGUCACCUAAUUUAUGAUCCUCCAAGAAAUGGUCCAACUUUAUGGGAAAUAGGCAAUCCUGAUCGAACUGCUGCAGAAUUUUUUGUCCCUGAUCCAUUGCCUGGGUUCACAAAUCAGUUAUUCAACGAUACUACACAAAAAUAUAGACAAUAUGGUUUGUGGGAUCGAUACACUGACUUAUAUCCAAAAAAAGAUUUGGUAUAUAAAGUUGGUGUCAGUGAUUAUCGAAAAGACUGGUUCUUUGCUCAUGUAACCAGGAGAACUAGAAGCAAGAAUUAUAUACCAACAACAUGGAAAAUUUCAUUUGAACUCCCAAGAGUUGAUCCAAAGGGAAAUUAUACACUACGUGUGGCACUGGCCUCUGCAACAUAUUCCCAUUUGCAGGGGAGGAUCAACAACCCCUCUAGCCAAACGCCUCACUUUGAAACUCCAUCAAUUGGGAGGAGUAAUGCAAUAGCUAGACAUGGGAUACAUGGAUUAUAUUGGCUCUUCAAUUUUCAAAUUCCAGGGUCACAACUACAAAAGGGAGAAAAUAAAAUAUAUUUGAAGCAAAUAAAAGCUGGUUAUCCUUUCUAUGGGCAUCAAUAUGACUACAUUCGUUUGGAAGGCCCUCCACAAUAAAAUUGAUCAAGUGGAUAUUAUACACAUAUAUAUUUAGGAGAAUUUUCCAGUUUAAUGACCUCACUAUGUUAAUAUUCUUUUCUUUUUUAUUAUUUUUUUUCAAGCUGAUA